AUGGCUGCGAGAUCGGUCGUCAGCCACGGCUCAGAGUCCCUGGAUUUCUUCAUUCGCCGGUGCCCACCAAAAAUCGAGAUUGAGCUGUUCGGUCAAAAGCCCGGUCUGGUCACCUCAUACACCACCGGUGAUCGCAUUGAAGGAAAUGUGAACAUCCGGGUAGACACUGAUAUUCGCUUUGAUGAAGUUGAGAUUAUCUUUCAAGGUAUGCUAUCAGUGAAGCAAUCUGUCACUGUCUUUGGUAUUGGAACUGCGGAGUUGACAUUCCCCUCAGGCUCGUCGCAUACCAUUGUGGAGCGUGCAGCAUGCCCAGGGCGGACGGGGUCCCAGCAGAUGUUUCUCAAGCUUCGCCAGCCAAUUGAGGAGUCUGACUAUCCCUGCCCCCGUGUGAUGGAAGCCGGCCGGACAUAUUCAUAUCCCUUCACCUUUGUGGUGCCCGAUCGUUUGCUUCCGCAGGCCUGCACCCACCCGCGCUCCAGUAUCCACAUCCACAAUGCACACACCUCACUACCACCGACCUUGGGAGAUCCCAUGCUGGCUGGCAAUGGCAAGACCCUGCUGGAUGACAUGGCACCCAGCAUGAGUCAGAUCUCCUACAUCAUUCGUGCGGCAGUCCUCAAGAGAUCUGCCGGUGAUCAAGGCGGAUUGAAGACCUUGGCGAACAGGGCCAAGAAAGUUCGAAUCAUCCCCACCGUGGAUGAGGAGCCGCCCAUCAAUGUGGCCGACCACACUUUGUACACCACUCGAAAGGAAAAGAGUGUCAAGCGCGGGUUUUUGCGAGGCAAGCUCGGCCGACUGGUCGCUUCUGCUUCGCAACCUAGUCCCAUUCGGUUGCUCCCUCCUGGCUGUGUCACCGAUGAGACGAUCAGUACCGCGGCCACGAUUCAUCUUCGAUUUGAUCCUGUGGGGAAUGAACAGCCACCUCAACUGGGCUCCUUGUCAAGCAAAAUUCGAGUGAACACUUUCUUCGGUGCAGGCCCCUGGGAGGAUAUCCCGACCCAAAGGACCUCCACACUCGCCAGUCAAGUGGGCCAGGGACUCUUUGUGGAGUCUGUCCCCAUCUCCAACAUGUGCGUUGCCUCUGCGCAGUGGAAAAAGCACUCGUCACAAACCGAGCCCGACCGCCGUCCUUCGAUGCAGUCGAUGAUCUCAGACGAUUCACUCGAGUCAUCUCCUUCCGGUCCUCACACCACCUAUUUCACAACCUCCCUGGUGAUUCCCAUCAGUCUCCCCACGAAGAAGGCAUUUGUGCCUACAUUCCACUCCUGCCUCAUGUCCCGGAUCUAUGCGCUUGAUCUGUCGUUGACUUACCACACUCCGGGCGCCAACGUCCUCACCCCAACCAUUUCACUCCGUCUUCCGAUCCAGGUCAUCACCCGUCCCAAGAAUGCUCUCUCCACCAAGACCGAAUCCACCGUUAUUGUCACGCCAGAGGAAGUGGAUGAGUUUUUCCAGCCUCGUUCGAUUGUCCCGCCUCCCGCAUCGGUCAUUGCUAUGAACAUGGCUCCGCCAGAGUACUCGGAGGCUCGGGUCAUCCAGCGUGCACGAAACGCUCCUACGACAUCAUGA